GGGUGUGUGGUUUAUAUCAAUAAAUGUGUACUCAGAAAAAGAAUAUAUAAAUAACGACUCAGACAUUCCUCAUUCAUUUAUUCCUCCACUGAGAUCGAAGGCUCCGAGCCGUUAUGUUUGCGUUUAAACUGAUCGUGAGCGUCGUUGCUCUGCUGCUCUGUUCGGUCCGAGCUCAUGAUGAGCCUGCUGCCGAAGAUCCGCUAGCUGAGCUUUCUGUGGGAGAGCUGAUCGAGAGAGCGAACACUAACAUCUAUCGUGAUGCUGAUGAACCCAUGCUGGUUGAAGGAGACAUCGCUGUGACCGACGACAACCAGAGAAACGCUGAUCCCUGCACAUCUAGAGGUUGCAUGUGGCCCAAAUCUUCAGACGGAAAAGUCUACAUUCCCUAUGUCAUCCACAACCAGUACUCAAGCAGCGAGCUUCAGGUUAUCCAGCGUGGUCUGGACUCCUUCUCCUCCUUCUCCUGCAUCCGAUUCGUACCUCGUUCAAACCAGAGGGACUACAUCAGCAUCGAGUCUCGCAACGGAUGCUACUCCUAUAUUGGAUGUCUUGGUAAUGGACAGACGGUGUCUCUGGCCCGUAGCGGCUGUGUCUACCACAACACAGUCCAACACGAGCUCCUCCAUGCCCUGGGCUUCAAUCACGAACAGACCCGCAGUGACCGUGACAGCUACAUCCGCGUCGGCUGGGAGAACAUUCAGAGGGGCAUGGAGCAUAAUUUCAACAAGAUUGCUACCCUGAACCAGGGAACUCCUUACGACUACAACUCUGUCAUGCAGUACCACAGAACUGCUUUCUCUAGGAAUGGACUGCCCACUAUGAUCCCCAUUCCGGACCCCAACGUGUCUUUCGGCCAGGCCGCUCAAAUGAGCCAAAACGACAUCAUCAGACUUAACAGACUCUACAACUGCUAGACUGGAUAGUUGCGGCAGUGGUCCAUUUUUUCAUCUGAAAGAAUAAAACAUGUCUAUAAUCAAUAAAUAAUAAAAAUAAAAUUACUUCAUAUCCCCAAAA